UAUUUUCCGUGCCUCCAAACCUCACAUCGACCGGCCCACGGAGCAUCACCCCCGCGAGAGCAGAGCUGAGGCUGACCCAAGAUUCAAGAAGAGGCCAGCAGGCUCCGGCUCCCCCGACAACCGAGGCGCGGCGCGGCGACGGCGGUGGGCGACAUGGAGGCCGCGGUGCCCAGCCGUAUCGUGCUCUCGGCGGCGAGCCGCCUUCCGAAUCGCCACGCCGUGGCAGGAGAUAAGUCUUCUAUUUACAAGGGAACGUGCCAAAGUCUUGCGAUUCCUAUGGCUCUUGCAGCAGCUGCAUCAGGCAAAGGUGGUGGUGUGCUUGACCGACCGAUAGAGAAAAUUACUCCUGGUCGUCAGUCUGAGUUUGAUGUGAAGAAAAAACGCAAAAUGACGCCUCCGUACCGCGUCAUCCUGCACAAUGACAACUACAACAGGCGUGAGUACGUCGUCCAGGUCCUGAUGAAAGUUAUCCCCGGGAUGACCGUCGACAAUGCUGUCAAUAUAAUGCAAGAGGCGCACGUGAACGGGCUGUCGGUGGUGAUCAUCACCUCUCAGUCUGAAGCCGAGGAGCAUUGCACGUCGCUCAGGGGCAAUGGCCUGCGAAGCUCGAUUGAGCCCGCAAGUGGUGGCUGCUGAAAAGGGGUGUUCCUGUUUUGCCGCGUAUAGUUUGUAAAUACCCUGCGUAUCAAGAAAAGCUGAAAUGGGUUACUGCCAGCUAUGAUACCAUGGAACUGAAUACCACUUGGGUAGGUGUAAAUCAUGUAAGAGUAUCCUGCAGAACAAAAAUAGCGUUUUCUGUUAUGAUAAAUGAAACAUUUAGUUA